AUGGGGCAGAUGGCUCUUAUGCAGAAUGUCAGACCACCGGGUGCUCUUCCUAGUGAUAUUGAGAAGAAUCCAAAGGAUUUCAAGGCAAUCACCUCGAGGAAUGGCAGAGAACUUGAAGAAGUGCCUCCAAAAAAGAAGAAUAUAGCAGAAGCAGAACUCAUCCUUGUUAAGCGAGCUGAGCCAAAGCAGACAGUCGCAGAGCAACACGUAGAGGAAGUGUGUAUUAAAGAUGUGGUUGCGAACAAAAGGCGUUGGACAGAGUUUGAGACUGUUGCACUUACUGAGGAGUGCAGUUCUAGAGUGAGGAGUAAAAUUUCUCCAAAGUUGAAAGAUCCGGACAGCUUCACAAUUUCAAUUACUAUUGGCAACAUGGAAGUUGGGCUAGCAUUGUAUGACUUGGGUGCUAGUAUUAAUCUGAUGCCCACUUCUGUGUUCCAAACGUUAGGCUUGGGUGAGCCUAGGUCAACGACUAUUACGUUGUAG